CGGAGCCGCCUCUGACUCCCUCACUCAGCCGCCCCGCGCACCUGGGCACCAUGGACCUGUGGACCACCGGCACAUCCGCGCUCCUUGUGGCCGCCUUGGCGCUCUCCUCCGCGGCUCUCAGUCACUUCGACACCGAGUGCUACACGGCCAACGGAGAGGACUACAGGGGCUUCCAGAACCAGACCGGCCUGCAUGGCGGUAAACCCUGUCUCUUUUGGAACGAGACCUUCCAGCACCCCUACAACACGCUGAAGUACCCCAAUGGCGAGGGCGGCUUGGGCAGACACAAUUACUGCAGGAAUCCGGACGGCGACGUCCAGCCGUGGUGUUACAUCGCCGACCACGAAGACGGAAUCUACUGGCGAUACUGCGACAUCCCGACAUGCCGCAUGCCGGGUAACCUGGGCUGCUUCCGAGACAGCGGCGACCCCCCCGCCCUCUCCGGCGCCACCGAGACGUCCAACAAGCUCACCAUCCAGAACUGCAUCAGCUUCUGCCGGAAGCAAAGAUACAAGCUUGCCGGCAUGGAGUCGGGGUACGCUUGUUUCUGCGGCAACGAAGUGGACCUGCAGGACCACGACGAGUCCCCCGGCAUGGAGUGCAACCACGUGUGCUUCGGCGACCACACGCAGCCGUGCGGCGGAGACGGCUGGGUCAUCGUCUUCGACACCCGGGUGGGGUCGUGUGGGGGGAACCUGACCUCCCCGUCCGGAGUCAUCUACUCGCCCGACUUUCCCGACAAAUACGGAGCCAGCCGUGUCUGCUACUGGACGGUGCAGGUGCCCGGAUCCUCGGCCAUCCUGUUCAACUUCACCUUCUUCGACAUCUCGGAUCAGGCCGACAUGGUGGAGGUGCUGAACGGCUACACCAACCAGGUGGUGGCGCGCUUUGACUGGCGCAGCCCCCCGAGAGAGGUGGUCAACAUCACUGGAGACUUCGUCAUCGUUUACUUCUUCUCGGAUCGCACCAACCAAGCCCAGGGCUUUGCUCUGCUAUACCAAGCGCUGAGGAGCCAAAGCGAGGAGGAGGAGGACGACGACGAUGACGGCGACGGCGGCUUCCUAAGCACGGUGGCACCUCCUCAGCCGCCCGCCGCCGUCACCGACAGCUCCAACCUCACCUCCAAAGGACGCUCCACGCAGAUCCUCUACGUCAUCACGUCCAGCCCCGGCAAACCGGAGCACAACAUGCCAGUGUGGACCAUCUAUGCCCUGGCCGCCCUCCUCAUCCUCACGGUGGUCGCCAUGGUAGCCAAGCUGCUGCUGCACAUCACCAUCAAGUCUCCCCGCAUCCCCACUGUGAGCGGCUCGGACACUUGCAGCCAGAGCGCGGCGUCGUCGGAGCCUUGGAUCAUCUUGUACAAACCCUCCACCAUCUCCCUCUUCAAGAAGAAGCUAAAGAACCACCACGGCGACCUCAGCCCCCUGGUGGGCAACUAGCGCCACGGCCGCGCCGCUGCCUCGUCGGGACGAAACGCGGGAGAAAAAAAACCACAACGCCACCCAGACCGCCGACCAUCACGUGGGGGGGAAGCGCCCUCAGAUAAUGGAUCAUCUUCGCUGACACGAGUGACUGGAGGCGGACCGAGCGGGCCCGGCUGAGGGGUAGGGGGGGCGGAGCCAGGCGCAGACCCACCUGGUCCGGAAGCCCUCCGGUGGCGACUCCUUCAUCUCCAUUGGGACUCAGCAUAGCUUCUUCUAUUCCGCAGCUUCUUUUCAAAUGUAAGAUAAGUGUCUCGCUUGCGCUGGACCUAAUGAGGGGACGGUGGACCUAAUGAGGGGACGGUGGACCUAAUGAGGGGACGGUGGACCUCAUGAGGGGACGGUGGACCUCAUGAGGAAACGGUGGACCUCAUGAGGUGACGGUGGACCUAAUGAGGGGACGGUGGACCUCAUGAGGGGACGGUGGACCUAAUGAGGGGACGGGCAAACAUCAAAUCAUCAGAACUCACGGAGACUACGAGCGGUGGGGCAGCGGGUAACGGGAGAUCUGAGGUCUUUGGCGUGGCGUUCAAGUGCCUUAAGGAUCUGCUCGUUCGUCUUUGACCGGAGCGAAAAAAGGAUGCCUCUGAUCCCUGAGAAUUUUAUUUUUAUAGUCUGAUGAGGCGUUCAAAGACCUGUCGGUUUUCUCUUACUGAACAUAUUGUUCACUUUAUCCUGUUGUGUUGUAAUGUCAUGUAUUUAUAUAUACCGGGGACAAAGGUAUUGGGACUAGGGACUGACACUGAAUCAAAGUAUCGACCCAUUUCCCUCGGUACUACCCGGGUACCGAUUUACGUCGAAUCAAACCGUACCACAUUUUUGGUACAUUUUUGGUAAAACAAGCACUCAAAUUAACCACUGAUUGUCACACACACACAAUAGGUGUGGUGAAAUUACCCUCUGCAUUUGACCCAUCCCCUUGUUCCACCCCCCCUGGGAGGCGAGGGGAGGAGUGAGCAGCAGCGGUGGCCACGCUCCGGGAAUCAUUUUUGGCGAUUUAACCCCCAAUUCUAACCCGUGAUGCUGAGUGCCAAGCAGGGGAGGUAACGGGUGCCAUUUUUCGGCCUGGGGUUCGAACUCACGACCUACCGCAAAGCCCACUGAGCAGGGUCAAAAAGGUUCGAAGCAAAUUACAAUGUCCCAUGCCAACAAAGCAAGCGUGCCUGAUAGAAAGCUCUCAAAAAGUAAGGCUAGCUCAAUGCUAAUUUACAUUGCAUAUGCCAUAGACAUGCUACGGAUUAGCAUUCCCGCCAAGUUUGGUCAUGAAAACUGCAACUAAAGUGCACGUUACAAUGAAACGGCCGGUGUGUAACGAGCACAAUACUUACAGUACAAACACUUUGUAGGGCUCAACAUAAGACAAGACCGGCAUGUAUUUAACUUAAUGGCAAAGACUACUUCCUGACUUGGACCAAGUGAAAUAAAUACUUGCUAAUGAUAACAUAGCUAUCAUUAUGUUAAAUGCCAAACAAGUUUAAUAAACAUAUUUGGAAAUUUGAGUUCCGAUAUCGAUUCCCAGGUACCUGGAAUCGGUACUGUAUCGGUUCAGAUGUGAAAGGUACCCAUCCCUAAUUGGGACACAUUUUACUUUUCAGUACAGGGAGUGAAAUAGACUUCAUAUAUUUUAUAAAAACAAAGCAAGCGUGCCUGGUAGAAAGCUCUCAAAAGUAAGGCUAGCUCAAUGCUAAUUUACAUUGCAUAUGCCAUAGACAUGCUACGGAUUAGCAUUCCCGCCAAGUUUGGUCAUGAAAACUGCAACUAAAGUGCACGUUACAAUGAAAUGGCCGGUGUGUAACGAGCACAAUACUUACAGUACAAACACUUUGUAGGGCUCAACAUAAGACAAGACCACCUAGUACUGCAGUAGUUUUUCUACCGAAACAAGUCCAAGUCCCAAUACUUUUGUGCCCGCGGGUGUUUUUUGUUCUGUGUUUGGACGCGCCAAAAACCAAAAAGUUUCCUUGUUCAAUUGCAAAAUGUUCCCCCCCCGAAGAAAGCAUUUCCUAACAGAACUACAGACCCCCCCUCCACACACUCGGUAUUGACAAGGUCGAAAAUGAGUUGGGUUGUUGCCAUAGCAACCGGCCUCACUUACUGUCACUCCAUGCUUUCGAGGUCCAAAAGCAGAUGCACUUAAGAGUCCAAAAGCGAAGAAAAAAAAAAGUACUUAAACAACCCGAGCACUUGUGCCACAGCAGACUGGCAAUAUUCCACCUUCAGAGACCCCGGUUCUGUGUAAAAAGGCAAUGGUGGAUAAAUGUCACAGCUGGUCUUUCUAAAAAAAAAAAAAAAAAAAAGGCCAGUGACUGUAAAAAAAACAAAAACAUUGAGUUGGUUUUCCUGACUGUCUGACUUUUGUGUUACGGACUGCAGGGACCAGGUACCAAAUUUGGUACUCUUACAGGCACCGACCGAAAUUCAGUCAGUACUUGAUUUGCGUUAAAAAAAAAAAAAAAACGGUGCCAAAUUUUUAUACCUUCGUCGCAUUUUACGCCAACAGAGCAAGUGUGCCUGAUAGAAAACACUCAAACGUGAAGUCCACACUAGCUCGAUGCUAAGUCCAAUGGGAUUUGCCAUAGACAUGCUAUCGAUUAGCAUGAGCGUUUUUACAUGGCAAGUUGAACACCUCGCAAUUGAAAACUACAGCUAUGGACUGG